AUGGUUGCAAAAAGAGAAAAAGAUAGAGCUGACAUGGUGUUUGAUUUAAGACCUAGUUAUUCAAAAAAUAAGAGUACUUCUCAAUAGAUAAUCAGAAAUAUGAGCAAUAAUAAGCAUAAAAAGUAUUAUGAGUACAUCUUAAGUAAGCUAAGAUUUCAGAGAGAAUAAGAUCAGGAAAAGCAAAGAGAGUUAGAAUAGAGUUAAAAGAUUAAACUUCCUAGACUCGUCUAAACAGAAGAUGAGGACUAAGAGUUAUUCAAAAGUUUAUCAACUUAUAUUAAAAAUGAUGAAUUCAUGGAACAAAAUAAAAAGAUGAUCCAUGAAAGAAACAAAUCCUUCGACAGAGAUCACAGAGCUAUGAGUAAGUCUUAAACUGGUGGAAAUUAGUCUUUGGAACUAUCAUAGUUUCUGAAAGUUUUCGAGAAAAAGAAAAAUCUUGUUUAUCUAGGAGGAGGGGAUGAUGGUUACAAUGACGUUGUAAAAGGUAAUGAUAAUAUCUCAACCCGUAAAAAUAAACAAAUCAUGGAUAAAAUGUAUGAACUAAUGACGAAAAAAUCAAAAAAUAGAAUGCGAUGGGAGUCUCUAGAUAAAAUGAGGCAGGAAAAGUUUGAUUAGCAAAGGCAUAUAGAGUAGGAGGAAAUAGAAAGAAAAUAAGCUCAUGAACUUAUGGAGUAACAGUACAUAAAUAUGCUUUCAUCAAGAGCUGGAACAGAAGAUUCAUUCAAAAGUGAUUCAGAUAUGGAUAGGGGGGAAUAAGAUACUGAAACAAAAAAGAAAAUUAUUAAAAAUAAGCUCAGCAAUCUAAGAGAUUUUGUUCAAAAAGAGAUAUAAAAAGAAUAGCCAUUUAAUCCAGUUUAAGUAAUGUCAAACUCUAAAAUGGAGUUAGAAAAGACGGAUGAUAAUAGCAACAUGCAGAGGUAACUAACAUUGCUAUAUAAGAAAUCAGAGGAGAAAAUGAAAGAAUCAAAGAGUUAAAAUAAAAAAAGAAUCAAGCUUAUUAGGUAAGAAUCUAUGUAACUUCCAACUAUCAACUAGAAUAGCAGAAAUCAAAUAUCUCCUCCAUCUAAAAACGCUAGUUCAUUUAUAAAACAUUAGUAUUAGUCCUCAACAAUACUUUAAAAUGAUAAGAAAAAUUCUUUUAUUACUUUGAUGCCUACUUAGUAAGGAAAUCCUACUAUUGAGUCAAACUAAUCAAAUCUGGGACUAUCUGAUUUUAACUCUAAUUAGCUUUUUCAAUCUCAGAUACUUUCUCCUUAUAGACUAAAUAAUAAUCUCAUUAAUGGUUCUAUUUUACUUUAAAAUAUCAACGAUCAAUCCUAGUUUUCAAGCAUGAAAGGCAGACUAAAACAUCAACACCUCUAAUUAGUUGAUAAUGUAUUAGAUAACUGUUAAACAUUCCUAAGUGGGGAUAUUAAGUACACUAAAUCAUCAGUAGCUAAACUAAAUAGAUUUAUUUAGUAUCAAAGUAAGUUAGUGGUCAAUGAAGCAUAAAAGAAGAAGAACCAAGAUAUUAAGAAUGUUAUCAAGGCAAUUUCAAAUAACAAUCACCUUUACUUAAGGAAAGUAACAGAUAAAAAUUAAAAUACUCUCGGAAUAAGCUCUAGAAUCACUGUAUCUAGGAGUCCGCCAAAAAGUUUUGUUCUCAAAUCAACAUUCGCUAGAAACGCUAGUGCAGCUAAUAUAAUUAAUGUAAAAUAGACUAUGGCUUUAUAGUCCGAUCAUGACUUAAAACUAACUCGAGAAAUAUCGAUUCAUAACCUUUCACCAAUCAAUUAGUCUAUAACUAAUGAAACAAAGGUACCAUAAUUGUGA